CCAUGGCAUCUUUUGCUUACAAGCGUCCAUGAAACUCUCUGCUUACACGCUCUUCUUCUUCUUUCUCUUCUCAUCCUCCUUCUACAUCCGGGAGAACAAACACGAAGACUUUUCGCCGCGCCUUUCGCGCCAACGCUCCGCCAAAAUCCCCAUACCUUCGAUAAACCCUAACGAUCCUUUCCUCUUGACGCUCGCUUCCGUCGCCGCUAAAUCUCCGGAGAAGCUUCUCAUCCUGCUCAGGUUGAGAGAUCAGUGGCUUAUAACGAGCACAUGCCAAGAACUCAUCCACCAGACUUGCCUUCUAUGCUUCUUGACGGGAGAAUUGUUUACAUUGGGAUGCCUCUCGUACCGGCGGUUACAGAGCUUGUUGUGGCAGAGCUAAUGUAUCUUCAGUGGCUGGAUCCUAAGGAGCCUAUAUACAUUUACAUUAACUCUACAGGGACCACUCGUGACGAUGGAGAGACGGUUGGGAUGGAGUCAGAAGGUUUUGCGAUCUAUGAUUCUUUGAUGCAACUUAAGAACGAGGUACAUACAGUUUGUGUGGGAGCAGCGAUAGGUCACGCAUGUCUGUUACUUUCCGCGGGAACAAAGGGUAAACGAUUUAUGAUGCCACAUUCCAAAGCAAUGAUCCAGCAACCUCGUAUGCCUUCUUCUGGGUUGAUGCCUGCUAGUGAUGUCCUGAUUCGUGCCAAAGAGGUUAUAACAAACCGAGAUAUACUUGUGGAACUACUGUCAAAGCACACUGGGAAUUCCGUGGAGACUGUGGCUAACGUGAUGCGAAGGCCAUAUUACAUGGAUGCACCAAAAGCUAAAGAAUUUGGAGUUAUUGACAUGAUUCUUUGGCGUGGUCAAGAGAAGAUUAUCGCGGACGUUGUUCCUUCAGAUGAAUUCGAUAAGAACGCGGGAAUUAGAAGCGCAGAACGAGUUUAGUUUCAAGUUCUAUGGCCUCAAAAUCUCUGCAAGUGACACGCUCAACUCUCCAUCACUACUUUUCAUGUAUGAAUAUUUCAAGAAUAUGAUUAGCUAGAUAAAAUAUUCUUUCAGUCACUGUUACCUUACAACCGAGUUAUGCUGUUAGAGAACAAGCAGAAGAAGUUAGGAUCUAGCAAUAUGAUGAUUCAUCUCAUGGAUGAAAAAGUUUUGUUCUUUUCCAUUUUGAACACACGAUAACAUUGUUUGCUUCCUC